CUUCCUACAGAAAAGCAGUCUCCUCUCCAGUCCCGCAUUCACUCUUCAAUUGGCGUCGCAGAGCAUACUAGAGAUCAUGUGGUGGCCAUGGAAACACUCCAAAGAUGGCAGUCGGAAGAGGAAGAACAACUCGCGGCGCAACUAGCACGCGAUCACAGCAUGGCCUUGCAGUUACAGCAAGAGGAGGAUAGUAGGCAUGCUGCAGAAUCGCAACCUGCGCUCAGAGAGUGUACAGUGUGUUGCGAGUCGUUCCAUCCACUGGACUUCCCAGCCAAGCCUCCAUCGAACGAAUGUACACACACUGCACAAGUCUGCUCUCCAUGUCUACAACAGUGGGUCGCUACAAGAUUAGAUGCAAACGCACGAGCAGCGAUCGAUUGUCCGCAAUGUACCACACGUCUGAACCACGAGGAUGUCCGUCGUGCCUGUAACUUCGAGAAUUUUGCCAGAUACGACAGAUUCGCCACGCUGACCGUCGUGGAUAGCUUGCGGGACUUCCACUGGUGUCUGCGUACUGGUUGUACAGUGGUUCAAGAACAUGUCGGCGGCAACUUGGGAUACAUGAAAUGCUACUCUUGCAACUAUGAGCAGUGCCUCCAGCACAAAACAGGCUGGCAUUCCGGCGAAAGCUGCAGGCAAUACGAUGUGCGCCUCAAGGAUCAAGCCGACUCCAAGAUCCGCGAUCAAGAGGAACGCGAGACCGCGAGAUUCAUGAACGAACAACAGAUGAAGACUGUCUGGAAAAAAUGCCCGAGUUGCCAGGUCUUGAUUGAAAAGAACGAUGGCUGCGAUCAGAUUAAGUGUAAGAUGGAAAACUGCCAACAAAAGUUCUGCUGGGAAUGUCUGGCGACCUGGGAAGCUAUGUUGGAACAUAAAGAGAAAGCGCAUGCUGUCAGUUGCAAGUACAGAUGGUCUAGAAGAUAUCCGUAUAAGUAUGUCUGA